CCCUGCAUUCAACUACUACUACUACUACUACACAUUCAUCUAUAGCAAUGGAUUUCUUCUACUUUGGAAACCCAAACCCUUCUCAUACUCAUCUCCAUAACAUGUCUCCAUCAUCCCCUGAGAUCGCACUCUCUGAUUUCCUCCUUCUCGAUGAUUUUCUUCAUCAUCAUCACGGAGACUCUCUAUCAUCUCAAAGCACGGAGUCGUCGGAAAAACCAACCUGUGACACCACUCACGGAUUCACCACCGGUGCAACCUCUAAGAACAGCAACAUCAACAUAAAGUGCAAGAACGCGAAUGGUGGAAGCAAAGCAAGGUUGGGUCCGAGAGUGGCAUUCAGAACAAAAUCAGAGCUUGAGAUCAUGGAUGAUGGAUACAAGUGGAGGAAGUAUGGUAAGAAGUCCGUGAAGAGCAGUCCAAAUUUAAGGAACUAUUACAAAUGUUCAAGUGGAGGAUGCCCAGUGAAGAAAAGGGUGGAAAGGGACAGAGAGGAUUCCAGCUAUGUGAUAACAACGUAUGAAGGUGUACACAAUCAUGAGAGCCCUUUUACCACAUACUACAGCCCUAUCUCUUUUCUACAUUCUGAUCAUUCUACAUCUUCCAAAUGACACCGACUAAGAAGAGGUUUUCAAGAUCCCUUCAUGCAGGGGAAGGAGCUGUGUAUCAUACCAAGGUUUAAUCAAUCAUAGUUUUUUUCAUUAUGUAAUAGAUUGAAGAGAGUCUGUACUCAGAUCAUGGAACCUUUUUAUCAAUUCUAUAACUUUUUUUGCACUUCGUUUCAUAGGACUUUCAUUUCUCACUUAAUUUCAAAACCAACAUAUG